GGCAGGCAGGGCUCGGGGCGGGCUCGCCUCCCCGGCGGCGGGGGAGAGGGUGAGGGGGGCUGCAACUUCGGGAAGAUGAAUGUGAAGAGCCAGGAUGUACUGCUGGAUUUGGAGGAGGAGGAGGAGGAAGAUGAUGAUGAUGGGGAUAUCGUCUUGGAACUGAACCAGGUGAUUAUUCCUACUUACGGAACUGUGCCGGAUCAGCAAAACCUUCGUACUCCUGAAUGGGUGGAUUUUGAUGAUAAGCCUGAUUCCUUGUUCUUCAGUGAUGGGCAGAGAAGAAUUGACUUUGUUUUGGUGUAUGAAGAUGAAAGUAAAAAAAUUACUCAUAAGAGGAGUGAUCGUAAAAAGCAUAAGAGGAAGAGACAAGUAUAUGAAUCAAACCUGAUAAACAACGGCUUGCAACUAGAAGCAACGAGGUCGGUUUUGGAUGAGAAACUUAUUUUUGUGAAAGUGCAUGCACCUUGGGAAGUGUUGUGCACGUAUGCCGAGGUUAUGCACAUCAAAAUGCCUCUGCAACACAAUGACCUGAAAACCCAAGACUCAGCUUUCAACUGGUUUAGUAGACUCUUCAGAGUGGAUGAAAAUAUCAUCAAACCUGAACAAGAGUUUUUCACUGCCCCUUUUCAAAAGGAACAUUUGUCAAACUUUUAUAUCCAUGACAAAGACACAUUUUUCAAUCCUGCAACCAGAAGCCGAAUAGUUCAUUUUAUCCUGUCCCGUGUGGAAUAUGCAACCAAAAACAAUGUGAAAAAGUUUGGCAUUAACAAAUUACUGGACACUGGAAUCUACAAAGCAGCAUUUCCCCUUCAUGAUUCUAAUUUUAGGAACCUGUCAACUGAUCCCAACUGCCCAAGUGAACGAUAUCUUCUUUACAGAGAAUGGGCUCAUCCUAAAAACAUCUUCAAACUGCAACCCCUGGAUUUCAUCAGGAAAUACUACGGAGAGAAAAUUGGCAUCUACUUUGCUUGGCUGGGCUUUUACACCAAUAUGCUGACUGUGGCUGCAGUUGUAGGAGUUGGAUGUUUUCUUUAUGGAUACCUGACAAAGGACAACUGCACGUGGAGCCAAGAAGUAUGUGAUCCCAACAUAGGAGGUAAUAUCAUAAUGUGCCCUCAGUGUGAUAAAGUAUGUACCUACUGGAACCUCACCACCACUUGUGAAUCAUCCAAGAAACUCUGUAUAUUUGAUAGCUUUGGAACGCUGGUGUUUGCGGUAUUUAUGGGGAUAUGGGUUACUUUGUUUUUGGAGUUCUGGAAGCGACGGCAGGCUGAGCUGGAGUAUGAGUGGGACACGGUCGAGUACUUGGAACAAGAAGAACAGGUUCGCCCAGAAUAUGAAGCUCGGUGCACUCACGUAGUAAUGAAUGAAAUCACACAGCAAGAAGAACAUGUGCCAUACACUGCCUGUGGGAAGUGCAUACGGAUGACUUUCUGUACAAGUGCCAUCUUCUUCUGGAUCCUUUUGAUUAUUGCUUCAGUUAUUGGAAUCAUUGUCUACAGGCUCUCGGUUUUCCUGGUGUUCUCUGCAACAUUGUCACAGCACAUUAGUGGAACGGAGGUGAUCAGCAAGUACCUGACUCCGCAGACAGCCACUUCAAUAACUGCUUCCCUCAUCAGCUUUGUAGUCAUUAUGAUUCUCAACAUCAUCUAUGAAAAAGUGGCAAUCUUGAUUACUGACUUCGAACUUCCAAGGACACAGACCGAUUAUGAAAACAGUUUGACCACAAAGAUGUUCUUGUUCCAGUUUGUCAACUACUAUUCUUCAUGCUUCUACAUAGCCUUCUUUAAGGGUAAAUUUGUAGGUCACCCUGGAAAUCCAAUUUAUUGGCUGGGAAAGUAUCGCAAUGAAGAGUGUGAUCCAGGUGGAUGUCUCCUUGAGCUCACAACCCAGCUUGCCAUCAUUGUAGGAGGUAAAGCUAUCUGGAACAAUAUUCAAGAAGUGCUUCUUCCCUUGGUCAAGAACCUAAUUGGAAGAUACUCUGCAGCUGCUAGAUCAGAAAAAGUUCUUCCACGCUGGGAAGAAGACUACCAUCUGCAGCCCAUUGGAAAACUUGGACUGUUUUAUGAGUAUCUUGAAAUGGUCAUACAGUUUGGCUUUGUGACUCUGUUUGUGGCAUCAUUCCCCCUGGCUCCUCUUCUGGCUCUUAUUAACAACAUGUUGGAAAUCCGGUUGGAUGCCUGGAAGCUGACAACUCAAUUCAGGCGCAUGGUUCCGCAGAAGGCACAAGAUAUUGGUGCCUGGCAGCCCAUCCUGCAGGGCAUAGCCAUUCUGGCUGUGGUCACCAAUGCUAUGAUCAUUGCUUUUACAUCUGACAUGAUUCCUCGUCUGGUUUAUUACUGGUCCUUUUCGGUCCCUCCUUAUGGGAGUCACAGCAGUCAGACUAUGAAAGGGUAUAUAAACAGCACCCUUUCUGUCUUCAAUAUAUCGGACUUCAAGAAUGCAAGCAAGCCAUUUUCCCCUUGGUUUGGGAACCAAACGAUAUGCAGAUACCGGGAUCUCCGCUACCCUCCUGGUCACCAGCACCAAUAUGAGCAUAACAUAUACUACUGGCAUGUCACUGCAGCCAAGCUGGCUUUCAUCAUUGUCAUGGAGCAUGUCAUAUACUUUGUGAAGUUUAUUAUUUCAUAUGCAAUCCCGGAUGUAUCAGAAAAGACCAAGAGCAAGGUCAAACGAGAGAAAUACCUCACACAAAAACUCUUGCACGAGAACGAUCUCAAAGUUGUGAAAAAAAACAUGGGUAAAAUAGCCGACAAAGUUACCAAAGGAGCAGGCAGCACUUUCCAACCUAAAGCUGAAUAAGUACUUUUCAUAUAGAAUAACAGUAUUUAGCCAACUAUUACCCGUCCAGAUAUUACCUAUAGCUAAUAAAACACUUCGGAUUAAUUUCUUUUACUAAACAUUGUUUCUUGCAACUGUUACCUACUCAUUUACCAGUUUCCCUUAGACAAAUGCAACCACUGCAACUCAGGUAAGAGUUAUCCGUUUUUUAAACAGCUUUAGUAGGAAUUUUUUUGUUAACAUGGGAAGAUAAAAAUUACUUAUCAUCUUAAGGCAGUGCAGAUUAACUCCCAAAUACAUAGAGUGCUUUCUGCUUUUUUUAGGCAGAUACUAGAUAACUAGUUUGAAUUGAAUACGAAUGAUUUGUGGUAAAAAUGUCAUCACAUCUAAUGAAGGAGUUUUGAUUGCUUCCUAAUGCAAACCUCAACUAUAAAAUGAAAGGGAAAAGCCAAAAUAUGAAGGAAAGAGAAAGAAAAUACAACUCAAAAUCACGUUGUUAAGCCAUUGGAAUUGACAUGCUAAGAGCAGUUGUUUGCUAGCCUGAAUUACCUAUGCAUACUGAGACUUAAAUGGAUAACAAGAUAUUUCAAUUAAUCACGGACUUGGAUCACGAGAAGGAACAGGACUGUAAGUCCACCCUGUUCAUCAAUCUCAGUGUAAACAGGAGAAUUCCCUUGAAAUCAAUGCAUACAAGCUAACUUUAUGGUACUCCAAGUGAGUAAAAAACUCAGGCAUUUUAUCUUUCCCCAGUCAAUGUAUUUUCAUUAGCUGACUUGCCCAUUCUACACUAAAUGCCCACAGCCUUGAAGGUCUCCUACCUGUAAAAGCAAUAAGUGUCAAAAGUCUUUUCACGUACUAAAUCAAUAUCUGUGGAGAGCUGUCUUUUGCAUUUCUCUCACACCAGGAACGCUGUGUUCUUCCCUGAGAUUUUGACAUGGGACAAAUGUGCAGCUGGACCUGCUAUGAUACAACAUAGUGUGAUAAAGUGAAUUCUGACAAGACUAUGAAUCUAUUGAAACUGGAGAUUGGAAGAAACCAUUUAAUAGGCCUUAAACAUGCUAUGAAGCUUUAAAUAACAAGGAAAGAUGUUAGAAGUGUGGAGGCAUGUGCUACAGCUAUCAGUCAUCCUCAAAUUAGGCUGCAGAUCCGCUUGGCUAUUUUGGGACCAGCUGCAAACUGAGAAAUAGGGAAGUAAAGUGCUGCUAUAUGUCUGCAGCAGUGAUAUUCCAGAUUAUUAACUUGCUUUCUCUUUUAACAGUUUUAAUGGACCAAUUUCUAUAAAUUUCUAUAAAUCACAAAACCCCAAUCUUGUUAAAAAAGCAAAAAUAUGCUUGUACUCUAUAAACCAGGUGAUUACUUUGUGUCUGUAAUUUUGUACAAAUUUUGUACUCUUCUUUAAUGCAAUAGAUAGGCAGAAUUUUUAGGCACAUUAUUCAGAUAGCUUUUUAUGUAUUAAGUUCAUUUGCAGAAACUAAGUAACAUUUAUAAGGUAAAUAUUAUUACAUUAAUAAUCAUAAGGAAUCAAACCUCAGAAUUUUGUAGCAAAGCUUCCAAAUACUGGCUGCUGUGUAGCUCAAGCCUGUCUUUUGAAGAAAAUCAUACAGAACCAUAGGAUCAAUUAGCUUGGAAAAGACCUAGAAGAUCAUCCAGCCAUAAGCCCAAGACUGCCAAGUCUGUAACUUAACCAUGUCCUGGACUACCACAGCUAUAUGUAUUUUAGGUAUCACUCUCUGGGCCCAGCCAUCCAGCCAGUUUUUCACCCAGUGAACAGUAUGUCUGUCCAAACCAUGAGCAGCAGCUCAGAUCCCGUCCAACCCCAGAGGCUUGUGUGUGUGUAAGUGAUGUAGCAGG